GAAAGUGACGUGGAUGAAACGUGUAGAGAGGAAUCGUCGCAGUCAAUUGACUGUUGUACCUGUGUGACCAGACUGAAAUGACAGUGCUCUAUGUUGGUGUCCCGUUCCACAUGUGGUUGAGUAGACUAUAUAAGCAGCGCAAUGCAAACCAGUCGUAUAAAUCACUGUGAGCUGCUGUAUACCCUUGCAGAAGUGUUUGAAGAGCGAGAUUGGAUGCUGCAGAUUUCAUUCCUUUCGGAUUAUUUGAAAAAGCAAAACAUAUUUUUUAGCAAUAAUGGGUGUUAUGGUUUCGCAACUCUUCUCUCGUUUCUUCGAGAAAAAACAGAUGAGAAUUCUGAUGGUUGGGUUAGAUGCUGCAGGGAAGACCACAGUCCUGUACAAACUAAAACUUGGAGAAGUUGUCACUACUAUCCCCACUAUUGGGUUCAAUGUGGAGACGGUUGAGUACAAGAACAUCAGCUUCACGGUGUGGGAUGUAGGUGGUCAGCACGUCAUCAGACCUCUGUGGAAGCAUUACUACCAGAACACUCAGGGUCUUAUAUUUGUGGUAGACAGCAACGAUCCUGAGAGGAUAAAUGAUGCCUCAGAGGAACUACAGAACAUGCUUGAAGAGGACCAGUUGAGAGAUGUAGUUCUGCUGGUGUUCGCCAACAAACAGGACCUUCCCAACGCCAUGUCUGUCAGUGACAUCACAAAUAAACUGGGACUGAGGAAACUUCAACUGAAUACUCCUUGGUUUGUCCAGGCUACCUGUGCGACCCAGGGUUCAGGUCUGUUGGAGGGACUGGACUGGUUGGCUGACCAGCUUUCCAAGCGCUAACUAGCUGAGUUGGCUCUGGGGUGAAGUUACCCCUAGGUACAGGUCUAGGAUCAGCUUCCCCUCCCCAAUUCUAACCUUAACCAUUAGUGGGGGAAAUGUAAAACUGACCCAAGAUCAGUGUCUAGGAGCAACUUCACCUUACAACAGCUGCGCUCAGCCCUUCU